UGCAUACGAGGGCACGAUCUGCUGGCGGGGCGCAUCCUAGCGGUCCCGCGCAGAAUCCCGGGGUCUCCCCCUUCUCCGGGAACCUCACGAGGGCUUCCACUCGGACACGGGCGGAGCUGCGCGCCUGGUAGGCGGACGGAGCUGGGCCUGAGCUCUGCCGUCCGCCACCGUGUGCGCCUAGGCUAAGGAGAACACGACGACUGGCUGAGACUCUGCACGGCCCAAGUAGAUGGAACGCAGUAGGUGUUCAGGAAGCCUCGGUUGUCGUGGUAACACACUGAGCGUCCCCCAGGUCCGACGAGCAGGGCCGAGCCACCGGUGUUGGACUCCAAAGGGUUACAAGUCCCGGAGACAGUGGCCUGAGGUUCCCAGCGAAAAACCAAAGCAUAAAAAUAAUUCGAUGACACGUGGCAUGCCUGGAUGUCCCUGCCCCGGCUGUGGCAUGGCUGGCCGAAGGCUCCUCUUCCUCGCCACCCUGGCCCUGCAGCUGCUGGGGAGGGUCGGGGGCUCCCAGCCAGCCCUCCAGAACCGGGGGGCCGCAGCAGCCUGUCGUCUGGACAGCAAGGACAGCGAGUCCUGGGGGGCCCUGCUGAGCAGCGACAAGCUAGACACCUGGGUCUGCUCCCUUCUCGGCUCACUCAUCGUGGGGCUCACCGGGGUCUUCCCACUGCUUGUCACUCCCGUGGAGAUGGGGACCAUGCUGCGCUCAGAAGCCGGGGCCCAGCGCCUGAAGCAGCUGCUCAGCUUCGCCUUGGGGGGCCUGCUAGGCAACGUAUUCCUGCACCUGCUUCCCGAGGCCUGGGCCUACACGUGCAGUGUAGGAGGUGAGGGACAGAGCCUGCAGCAGCAACAGCAGCUGGGGCUGUGGGUCAUUGCUGGCUUCCUGACCUUCCUGGCUUUGGAGAAGGUGUUCCUGGACAGCAAGGAGAAGGAGGUGUCCAGGCAGGCCUCCAGCAAAGAUUCCACUGCUGCUGCGCUCAACGGUGGCCACUGUCCGGUCCGGCUGGCGGCACAGCCCAGCCUGAACAGUGCGGUCCGGAACUUCAAAGCCAGCGGCUAUCUUAACUUGCUGGCCAACACCAUAGACAACUUCACCCAUGGGCUGGCUGUAGCCGCCAGCUUCCUCGUGAGCAAGAAGGUGAGUGGGCCGGGCAGGCAGCCACAGGUGUUUCGGGGGCACCAGGGCACUUGCAGUGAUCAGUUGGUUUUGCUCCAAACCCUUCCCAGCCCUCCAGAUUGCUCUCCUGAACACUGCCUUAGCCUCCUCCUCCUCCCCCAGCACUGUUGUUUUCCACCUGGUCUGUCCUAGACAUUGAACCCAGUCCUUUGUAUCUUUUAUUUUGAGACAAGUUCUUCCUAAGUUACUAAAUUGCCUAGGUGGGACUUGGACCUGGGAUCCUCCUGCCUCAGCCUCCCAGAGUGCUAGGAUUACACACUUGUCACCUGCACCUUUUGCCACAAGCCACACUGCUCCGUCCUUGCUGACCCCUCUCCUGGUUGGGAAGCCUCUGUCAAGCUUCCAGGCUCCCUGUGCUGCUCCUAGAUGGGCCCCCAACGCCACCCCGUGCCCUCCCCUUGCUGUCUUCCUCCUCCCACACUUACACUCU